AUGAACCAUGGCUGUAGAAACCAAAUUCCCAACACUCGCUUGGAGGAGCCGGAUGCCUCAGGCAUGCCUCCCGAAUUUGUUAGUGACCAUGAGCGCCAUGUUGACAUUGAACCGGUUGUGCCCACCUUUGAGGACAGGACGGGUUGCUCACGGGAGGUUGUCCUUGGCCUUCCUGCUACUGUUACUGACACUGUGCAGACUGUCGGCAAGCUGCCGGCACCCUCUCCGCAGCUUCCAGCAAUGCUGCCUCCUACUCCUCCUAGCCUAGGCACAUCCGGCACAGUUGCCAACACCUCUCCACAGCUUCCAGCAGUACUGCCUUGUGGUGAGAUGGGUGAUGCUCCUAUCAUAGGUACCUGCGAAGGGCAUUUAUCGGAGAAAAGCAUGUCUUGGGAGAAUUCCUUCAUGGCGUUCAAAGCCUUCUUUGACGAUGGUACUAAGAUCCUCCGAUCUAUCGAUGAGCUUCUCCCGCUUUGUCAGAAGUUUGAUGGUUAUGCAUCCGUUCAAGGCGCCUUUGUGUAUCCAGAGACAAUCGCGAUUUUCUUUUGGACACUCUAA